GGAUCGUUUUGUUUCUACGAAGACGUAAAUAUUUCCUGAGCAACCAAAUUAUUUUUAGAGAUUCUUUAUUCUAACCAAGCUUAUAGUUGCAUGAAGUGGAUAAAAGUGUAUAAUUGAGCUUGUUAUCAGCAAUGUAGGAUUUCUACGUGCGUUUUCACCAAACAAACCAUUGUUUACGUACUUUGUGUGUCAUAGACUACGUACAAGAACGUUGAUUUGAAAUGUGGUAUUACUUUGUGGCUCACUGUGCCUACCAUUUUACAAGGUGGUUUCCUAAAGACUCUCGAGGAGCAGUGAGAAUUACUGUAAUACUCUUUGCCCUUGCAUUUAUCAUACCGCAGAUUUAUGUUAUCAGACUUGAUCGAAGCUCGCAUUACUGUGAUAAGCCACUGUUGAACAUCAGUGUAGCUGGGAUUGUCUUCACAUUUGUCAUGGGAGCAUUUACAUUUCUAUUUGCAAUAAUGGAACCAGUUCCUUGGCAGCUAAAGAUUGCCUUUCAUUUCUUUGGGUUUGGCUCUCUUAUUCUCGGCAUGGUACUAUUUGCAUCAACUUUGGCAUCUACAGUGUGUGAUGAUUUUACACCUGAGUUGUACUUCUUGUCUCUUUCGUUUGGAAUAUUUUCUGUUCUUUCAACUGGGUUUCUUCUCAUCAUGCUUCCUUUCUGGUUGGUAAAUUAUCUGUGGCCCGAUUCUGUCCUCAACCGGCGAGAGAGACGUGGAAUUUGUUAUGAACCUGUCAAGUGCUGCACUUGUCUUUGGCAUAUUUAGAACAUAUCUGUAACAUAUUUAAACCUCCUGUUAAUAUUGUCAGUGCAAACGAAAUCAUCUUGACAACUUGUCAUGAAACAACUUAGUGACAGUUAUGCUUGUACAGUUUAGAAUUAAUGAGAUGGCUGUGAGCUAGUAAACUACUACUUUACAAAACGUUUGUAUAAUAGGCCAAUAUUUCAAUGUAUUAAAAUUCUAACAUGGUUCCGAGGUUAAGGGGAAUGAAAAAAACGAAAUUAAGUAUUCAUCCCUCAUCCUUGAAGUGAUUUUUUUUGUUUUCCCCCUAAGCCUCAGAGCCAAGUUUGAGUUUUUGCUUUGCAUGGUUCGGCUUGGCAUGGCUCCCAGCUGUGUGUGAAAAUUUUGAUAUAUUGAAAUUUGCCUAUUGGAAAAUAAUGACUUCACCAGAGAGAUGGUUCCAAAAUUUCACUGGUUCUCCUGAAGAACAACCUCUUAUUUAAAGGGCAUAUCAUAUUGUCAACUAAUGGCUAAUCCCAGGGAGAAACAGUUGUUUUCUGAGAAUCAUAAUGUUACCUAAGACAAAGUUAGGGAAAAGUUCAUAAUUAUAAACUAACUGGUUUCUUUAGAGAACAGCGUGUUUGGAUAUACUGCUGCUAGGAUACAUUUGAAUUAAGUCAGUGACACGUGACAUGUGUGUCAGGUGCAAGCCCUUAGUUGUAUAACAGUCUUUCAUAUAUCAGUUAAAUCUGUACGUGUAUAUAGCUAUUUAUUAUUAGUGUAACGCACUAAUGAACCAAAGGUUUGGAAUUUGUCACAAAAAAGCUUGGUCUGCAGGGUGCAAAGAAACCAAUUUUGGGAAAGCUGUAACUACAGUGUACUAGCCUCGAAAACUUCCCUCUGUUACAGUAUUUCUGUAAUUUGAAUUUCCUCAAAAAUGUUCUCAAAAAUGUUUCCUGAUUGCAAAGGAAACAUGAUGCAGUCAGUAAGUGAAAAUUAAAAUUAAAUCAUACAUGUGCUAACGUUUUCCCUCACUUAAUAUGUUAACAGUUACACUAUUCUCUGCAUUGAAUUUAGUUUUCUGUUAUUAGUCUGCAUGUGGUCAGGAGAGUAGUUGUAGGUACCUGUAAAUAAGUACAUGUAUCAAGCGUACGCUCACACCCCGCUCAGCCAUGUUUUUUCAGUCAUUUUUUCAAUUUAAGUUGUAAUUUUAUUUUAGUUACGUAGAGAAGCAGAAAAUAAUUGAAUACUCAAGCUCUGUAGGUUACUCACCGUAGAUUACGCUGUAAAUAUAGAUGUAUUUUUUAAUAAAUGAUUUGUGCCAUUAAA